AUGUCAUCACAUGAUAAUGCUAAUCAAGCAUAUUCUAAUGGUGGAUAUAGGAAAAAUAGUCCUGUAUGUGGACCACCACCACCUGGAUCUACAGGUAAUAAAUUACCUUCGGCAUCUAAUUUAGGAAUUUCCAGUUUUUUAAAUAAUCCAUCUUCCGCCGCACCAUCCUCAUCAUCACCAAUUACAACAACCACAUCACUUCCUUCCAUUUCACCACCUUCUACACAACAAUUACCCCGAUCAAUGAUUGUUGGUCCACCACAGCAGCAGCAGCAGCAGCAGCAGCAGCAACAUCAACUAGCGAGACCGCAGCUUCCUAUGUAUCAAUCACAAUCACAAUAUGGUUCACAAAUGUCGCCUCAACUUCCCCGAAUUCAUCAAUUACCCCAUCAACAACAACAACAACCGGUUACAAGCACUACUGAGCUCCAGAGUCAAUCUCAUCCGCCACAAUUCCAACGUAUACUGGAACAACAACAACAGCAGCCUCCACAAUUACUCCUGCAACAACAACAGCAACAACAAUCUCCUAUUUUCGCACCCCAGAAACGAGCAUCAUUUUCGGCAUCUACUCAAACUGAAGAAAUACAAAAGCAUGAAGAUAAGUCCGCACAUGUCCAUAAUCACCCACAUCAUCAUCACCAUCACCAUCAUCAUCAUCAUCCUGUUGCUGCACAUCGUCAUCAUCACCACCACCACCAUCAUCAUCAUAAGAAGUCAGAUGGAGGGGAUGACAAAGAAGUGCUGACAAAUGAUACCGGUCCGAAAUUGACCGAACAAGAUGAAGUUGUCAAACAAGAAACACCAAAUCAAAUCACACAACAACCACACACGAAAAGAAUAUCCAGAAUACGCAAACCACAUCCCAAUCUAAACAUCGAACCCAUUGUAGAAAUAAUCAAACAAUAUUUCCCUAAAAGACAAUAUCUCGGCACGAUAAUCUACAAUCCCACCACCACCUGGGACACCAUCCAAACCCCACAAUUAUAUGGCCUAAAACCAGAACACCAACUUCGAUUUCAAGAAAUUAAACUCGCCUAUCAAUCCCGAAAAACAUCACAACCGGGGAUUGGAACGAGAUAUAUCCCCUGUAUUCCGGCGUUGCCUGCCGAAUAUGUGAAUUCGAUCAUGGAGAUUAAGAUCCCAUUUCGGUAUCUUGUUGGAUUUAUGCAGGAUAUGAAUAAUGGAAUUGUGAGGAGGGAGGUAUGGGGUGGUGCUGGGGGGAUAUAUACUGAUGAUUCUGAUAUUGUUGAGGUGUUGUGUCAUUUAGGGUUGUUUGACGAGGACAAUGGGGUGGAUUUGUCGAGGUGGAAUGUGAAUUGGAAACCUGAGUAUUUUAUUAGGCCAUUGGAAGCAGGGGAGGAGGAUAGGGAGGGGAAAGGGGAGGAGGAUAGGGAGGAGGGUGGAAGAGUUGAUAGGGGGAUAUAUGGAGAUUUGUCAGUAGAGAUCUUGUUAUUGCCCACGUUGCCACAAUAUAUUGGAUAUUAUAAUCAUGGAAUCAAUUCAAGAAGUUGGGAUAGUCGAAAGAAUCAACAUUCAGGAUUAUCAUAUUGUGUAUAUAAUCUUAAAUGGGAAAAAAGGGAUAGUUAUUUAGGUGAGAAAUCGAUUUAUAAAAGGUAUGAAUUUGAAUUACAACAAGAUAUAAUUGAUAAUGAAGAAUUAAAUAAGGAGAAACAAGGUUGGCAAUUUAAUUAUGUUAAUAUAUUCUUCUAA